CGAGAGUGUUCUCACCCGGCAGAGUGGCCAUACCGCUGAGUUCGAACCGUUAGACAUAAUAACAUAACAUAAUAUCAGAAAAACAAUUCAAACUUCCAAAGCGCAGAACAAAACAGUAUUAUUGAAUAUGUUUCGAGUGCAUUGCAACAAGUGCUUUCGACAUCGCAAAACUGAUCCGACCGUGCCCUUCCACUUGGCCCAAUGCCGGCACGUGAUCUGCGGCCCCUGUUUGGGCCAAUCCUCGCAAGAAAGGAAGUGCUUACUGUGCGGCCAGGCGCUGAAUACAAUCCAGAUCAACCGCGACAUGCCCACCUGCGUGGCGAACUACUUCGAGGAUCCCCUGCGCUUCCAGCAUCUCUACCGCAAGAUCAGCAAGUUCCAGGCGGACCAGCGGGCAUCGGACAACCUGGGUUUCUACCGCCAGUUGCAACAGCUGGAGCAGAACAAACGCCAGCUGGAGGGCUUUUGCAAGAUGGAGGCGCAGCUGAACCGGAAGGUCGUAGAGGAAAAGAAGAGGAUCGCCGAACUUCGAUCGUACAUCGCUUACCACGAGGAUGCGCAGAAGAGGCGCCGGCACAGCGCGCACGAAGGAACCCAUACGCCGGAGUUCAAGGAAGCCUGGAACACCUUUGUCAGCACUUCGGAUACAACCCAGUCGGAUAAGCCUUCUGGUAGAUUCUGCCUGGACGCGAACAUGAAUUCCCGUUCAACGCGAAGCAGAUCCUAUGACGUUGACACUAAAGAUUUUCGCAUUUAGCCACUUCAACUGCUUUUCUGAUCUUUUAUAGGUAUUCUAAGGUACUUAAAGAUAAAGUUACUUAAUAGAACGAAAGAUGAAUCUAAGCGAUGUUUCAAUUAGAAACCUCUAGAACUUUCCUUAUAUAAAAAAAUGGCCCGCUAAGUGAGGAAGUUCUCUUGCCUCUCCAAUCGACAGGUUCCACUAC